AUGAACUCUUGGGCCCGAGGCAAGAUUGAGCGACUACUCGCCUUCCUCGAGCUCAAGCACGACGCCGGCAAAGCGACGCCAUCCAAGCCCGUCCAGCUUGCCAUACCCGCAGUUACGACCCGCCAGAAGCCCUCGUCGCUGAGAUCCAGCGUCACCCCCACCUCCGCGGUCCCACCCUCCUCGCCAGACUCGCGCCCGCAGGUGGCUGAGGGGGGAAGCAACAGUAUGGGGGGCAAGCUGAGUCACACGGCUGCCAGUACGCCGCUCGCCAACCCGCCAAACGCCCUCAACAAGCUGUGUGACCCACUUGACUCCCCACCCCCGGAAGGGGUGGCGGUCAGUGGACCUCUCGCAGCGCUCUCCACCAGCGUACAGAAGCUUACAGACAUUGUAAACUCUCUCCACACCCGCAUGGACACUUGGGAGACCGGCAACCGCUUUGCAAGCCUCCAGCAAGACGCUACCGACCCUCUGCCCCCGCCCAUUCCGGCGGCACGAUCCUACGCAGCGGCUGCCUCCCUGGCCAGCCCAGCAGCGCACACUGCCUCCUCAGCAGCACCCCGUGCCGCCGCACCCACGAAACCCGCACCCCGCACCUCCCUUAUUGCCGGCACCGCCGACCUCCCCGCAACGCACUUUGUCCGCGCCCUCUCCGAGCACCGCAUCCUCCCCUGCGUGCGCAAGAUGAUCGUCAGCUCGUCCCUCGACCCCACGACCCUCGUCUACGCCCGGCGCAUGGAGAGAGGGGACGUACAACUGGUCACCCGCGGCCCCUCCGCCGCCAACCUCCUCCGCCGCGCGGUUGCCGCACACUCCGCCGAGAUCGUGACAAAGAUGCCGGUGGAAGCGACAUUGUUGGUCUUGCACUGGGUGCCCGCGGAUGCGGACGCAGGCGAGGUGGAGGAGAAGAUGGAAGAGUGGAUUGGCGGAGAGGGGAGGGUAGCGGCAACUAGGUGGUUGUCGAGGCGGGCGGACACAGUUGGACAAGGCCCACGCACCGCUCAAACCCAAUACCUGCACGUCCACCCCAGCGCAGAAUGCCACCGCUCCCCUCCCCUCACCCGACCCCACCAACCCGGCUCCGCCUCGAACGCCGCCUCGCUCGAACGGGCCGUACACGACGAUGAUUUCGGGCCCUCCAGCUGUACAUCUGAGGCUAUCAGCCACCUCCAGCGCGCCCGCAAGGCGUUGCUGGAGGGUACGAUAGGGCCGGAGAUGAACUCUCGGGCCCGAGGCGACAUUGAGCGAGUACUCACUUUCCUCAAGCUCAAGCGCGACGCCGGCAAAGCGACGCCGUCCAAGCCCUUCCAGCCCGCCGUACCCGCAGCCGCGACGCGCCAGACGCCCUCGUCGCUGAGAUCCAGCGCGACCCCCACCUCCCCGGUCCCACCCUCCUUGCCAGACUCGCAUCCGCAGGUGGUUGAGGGGGGCAGCAACAGUAUGGGGGGCAAGUUGAGUCACACGGCUGCCAGCACGCCGCUCGACAACCCGCCAAACGCCCUCGACAAGCCGUGUGACCCACUUGACUCCCCACCCCCGGAAGGGGUGGCGGUCAGUGGACCUCUCGCAGCGCUCUCCACCAGCGUACAGAAGCUUACAGAUGUUGUAAACUCUCUCCACACGCGCAUGAACACCUGGGAAUUGAGCAACCGCUUUGCAAUCCUCCAGCGAGACGCCACGGACCCUCCCCCUCCGCCGGCGCCUGCAGUGCGUUCCUACGCCGCUGCAGCAGCCGCAGCUCGCCCAAAUGCGCCUCCCGAACCGCCAGCAGCGCCCCGCGCUUCCGCUCCCUCGAAACCCGCGCCCCGCACCUCCCUCAUUGCCGGUACCGCGGACCUCCCCGCGACACACUUCCUCCGCGCCCUCCCCGAGCACCGUAUCCUCCCCUGCGUGCGCAAGAUGAUGGUCAGCUCGUCCCUCGACCCCUCGACCCUCGUCUACGCCCGUCGCAUGGAGAGAGGCGACGUACAACUCGUCACUCGCGGACCCUCGGCUGCCGACCUCCUCCGCCGCGCCCUCUCCGCCUACUCAGCUGAGAUCACGGUGAAGAUGCCGGUCGAGGCGACGUCGUUGGUGAUGCACUGGGUGCCGGUCGAUGCGGACGAGGUGGAGGUGCGAGAGAAGGUAGAGGAGUGGGUCGGCGGGGAGGGAUAG